AUGCAACACAAAGUGUUUGUGUUGACAAUGCUCAUUGCCUACGUGUUGACAAUCUUGAUCAGUGCCAACAAAUACAUUCAAAAGCAUCCAUGUAAAGAUCAGACAAGUCUUUUGAUUGAAAGCAAACCAGAAAACAAUGUAGUUGUAUUGAUAUGGGAGACAGAGAAUCAUUGGACUGGAUGGGGAAGGAAUGGUUAUAUCAAUUGGGCAGGAUAUACAGACUCCAAUACAUUGCGUUGUAGAGAGACGUGUGUAUUCACCUCUGAUCAGAGUCUGUAUCAAUCGUCUGAUGUCGUCCUAUUCGAACCACAACCUCAUGGUAAGCGUGGCUUAGAGUAUCCACCGAGAAAGAUCUGUGGCCAAAAGUACAUGAUGUUCUCCUACGAGACAUCAAAGUACUUUGAGAUACAAGCCGAUCCCAAAUACCUGUCAAAGAUGGAUUGGAAAAUGACAUUUGAUGCAAAGGCAGAAGUACAGAUUAGUCUUACAUGUAGUUGGGGACAGGAGAAUGGUAUUGAGUCGUAUAGGAGACGUAUACCACCUUUGAAGGAGAAGAAGAAGUUUGCUGUGUUUGUUGCAUCCAAUUGUAAACGUGGAGGCGCUGACAAGAGAACGGCAUACGUCAAGGAGCUGAUGAAGUAUAUACAAGUGGACUCUUAUGGCAAAUGUUUGAUGAACCAGCCUGCCGACGCACUCAAUCGCAACACAGACCGUGAUCGCUUCACCGCCAAGAUGGAGCUAUUCAAACAAUACAAGUUCGUCCUGGCCUUUGAGAACAGUAAUGAAACAGACUAUGUUACGGAGAAGCUACCACAUGCAUACCUUGGACUAUCAUUACCAGUGUAUAUGGGCGCACCAAAUGUAGAGGAUUGGACAACUGGUGACAACUCAAUCAUUAGGACUGAUCAGUUUGCAUCACCAAAGGCAUUGGGACAAUACUUGGUCAAGGUGUCAAAGAACGAGACAUUAUACAACAGUUACUUCAAAUGGAAGAAUGCACCACUCAAAGAGAGCUUCCAUCGACAUUACAACAACUGUGUAUUCUUGGCCGAAUGCAACAGUUGUCCAAUCGAACUGGAACAACAACAAGUGUUGCUAACAACAAUAGUAAUAUUAUAA